GAGGCCGAGGAGCGGCGUGCGCUCGAGGAGGAGGGCGAGCGCCGCCUGGCGGAGCUGCAGCAGGGCGCGGCGGAGCCGCAGGCGGAGCGGGGCGAGGACUCGCCUGCUCGGUCGCCAUACGCGCACCUGCCCGAGGAGCGGGAGGCCCGCAGGGCGAGGCGGACGACGGCACUGCGCCCGCUGCUCACGCCCUUGAUCGACUACGUGAUGCUGCUCGUGGGCCAGACGGGCUGCGGCAAGACGUCGCUGGUCGAUCUCCUGGCGGGUCCGGAGACGAAAGAGGCAACGCCCGACGACGCCAUGUCCAGCAAGACCUCAGAUGCCCGGGCCUACCGCCUGAAGUUGGGGCACGUUGGCCUGACCGUCAUCGACACGCCCGGCUUCGGUGACACGCGGGGCAGGGCCACGGACGAGACGCACGUGAAGAAGAUUUUGGCCUGUUUGGAGAACGUUGGAGCCAUCAACUGCGUGGUGCUGACGAUAAACGGCCGGGAGGCUCGCAUCAGCGCCACUCUUCGCUAUGCGCUCACUAUGCUCACUUCCGUGUUGCCCAAGGGCGUGCUAAGUAGCAACGUGGCUGUGGUGUUCACAAACACCGAGAACGAGCGGCAACUCAAUUUCAGCAGGGGCGAGCUCGCGAAGUUCGGCAUCCCGUCGCCCGCCUCUGUCUGCCUCAACAACCCCCUGUGCGAGCUCCAGCGGGCCUUGCUGGCUCCUGGGGAUGUCAGCGGCGAUCUGGUGAGGGAGAGCUUUGUGCUGGUCGAGAGGACACUGGAGACCGUGGCAGCGCUGAUGGAGCAGAUCAGGAAUUUUGAACCUGUACCCACGCUGGAGUUCAAGCAAAUCCAUGAGAAACGCUUGGAGAUUGAGGGCAUCCUCGGCGACCUCCACGCGAGGUACGCAGAGGAGGAGAAGCGGCUCUCGGACAUAGGGUCCAUCAAGGCCGACAUCCUCUCCACAGGGGAGGUGAGCCCAGUCACGCGCACGGCCAUCGAGUGGAGGCUGCACAAGCAGGGCGGGCCCUGCUACGUCUGCCUGCACCCGGACUGCCACUCCAACUGCCACGAGGCGACGCUGAGCUUCCUGUCCUCCGUGUACUGCUGGGCGAACCGGGACGGCGUGUGCUCGACGUGCGGGCACCGCUUCGGCUCCCACCAGGUCUCCUCCAGCCGCUGGAGGGGGGACGCGAAGACGGAGAUCGUGAACCUGGGGGACAUCCAGAGGGCCAGGUCGGAGAAGGAGAAGCGAGAGACGGCCGUGAGGGCCCUGGAGGAGCAGAUCAGGGGGGGACAGGAGGCAAAGGCCAGGCUGUCUGCCAAGCUCUUCGACACGCUGGACGAGUACGCGGAGCUGGGCCUGCCGGAUGCGUACAAGAGGGUGCUGCAGACGCAGGAGGCGUGCCUCUCGCAGGAGCUGGAGGCGAGACCCGACGACACGACGCUCGAGGACAUGCUGAGGAGGGUCCGAAGGUAUCUCGCGGAGCUGGAGAGCAGCCCCUGGCGGGAGCCGGUGAAGGGGGGUCAGGCAACGCCUUGUGGACCUGGAGGAGGCGUUCCGCCCGCCUCCGGCCUCCUGGCAGUGGCAGGGGCGGUGGCAGAGCGGCGGCGGCGGCCCCGACGCCAGAGGAGAGGAUGCCGACGGGCUGCGGCAGCGCCGCGUCCGGGUCCCCGAGAUGGACGGCAGGAUCCGGGAGCUGCUGCUCCGGACCCAGCACCCGAAGCACGCCAGAGGAUGCAGAGGCCAAGACGGCAGCUCCCUCUGGCUGGCCAAGAUCAAGCGCGUCAAGGUCUGGCGCCUGGAGCACCCGCUGCUCUGGCAGCAGUUCGGGGCCACCUCCCGGGCCAUGCGGCGGCAGCUCCGCGACCGCGGCUCGCCGUGCCCAGCCGUGGAUCCUCCGAUCCUCCACUUGGACACGGCCGACGCCGAGACGAACGAGGUCUUCCUCUGGCACGGCACGAGGAGCGAGCUGCUGCCCACGAUCCGGGAGUGGGGCCUGGACGAGCGCGUCUGCAGCCUGGAUGGGCUCCACGGCGCCGGCCUCUACUUCGCCUCCGAGAGCUGCAAGGCGGCGCAGUACGCCCCGCCCGCGGCCGACGGCCGGCGCCACCUCCUGUACGUCCGCGUGCUCCUCGGGCUGUCCUGCUACGUGCGGGACAGCAUGAAAGGCGCGCGCCGGCCGCCGCCGGACCCCGGGAGCGGCGGGCGCCUGUGCGACUCCGUCAUCGCCAACGCGGGCGUCGCCAACGGCGGGAGGCAGGUGCACAGGGAGUUUGUGGUCUACGACCGUCGGCAGGCGUACCCGGAGUUCGAGGUGGAGAUCGAGUGCUGACGAUGCCUCGUCUUUCGAAGAAGGAAAAACGCCAUAGGCACAAUCUUUUGGCGCUCGGCGCGGAAUUCUUGAAUCCGCGCUGGGGCACCCCGUGCGUCGCCUCCGGCGCCGCCCCUGGCGCGCUCCGCGCGCCAGGGAGGGGGGUCCAGCGCGGAUCCACGAAAUCCGCGCGCAGCGCCAAAAGUUUAUGUUUAUGUGUUUUUUCUCAUCCUUCUUCUGCUCCUUCGAACGGACAUGUUGAGGCCUGGCUUGCACUGGACGCAGCGAAAGGAGCACAUGUUGUCAAUGCUCCACGUGGAGCCGUGACCGAGUUGCCGGCAGGAGGUCCAUGUGUAGGAGCUUUGUGA